AUGGCCGCGGAGACUCACCUGCAAGGAGUCGAGAUCUCAGCCGCGCAGUUUUUCGAGAUCUGGAAUCACUACGACUCUGAUGGCAAUGGGUACCUGGAUGGGAAAGAGCUGCUGAACUUCAUCCAGGAACUUCAGCAGGCACGAAAGAAGGCAGGAUUGGACUUAACACCUGAAAUGAAAGCUUUUGUGGACCAGUACGGGAAAAGUACUGAUGGAAAAAUAGGAAUAGUAGAGCUUGCUCAGGUAUUACCAACAGAAGAGAACUUCCUAUUGUUCUUUAGGUGUCAGCAGCUAAAGUCAAGUGAAGAUUUCAUGCAGACCUGGCGAAAAUAUGACACUGACCAUAGUGGCUACAUUGAGACUGAAGAACUUAAGAGUUUUUUGAAAGAUUUACUACAGAAAGCAAAUAAGCAGAUUGAUGAUUCCAAGCUAACAGAAUACACCGAAAUAAUGCUGAAAAUGUUUGAUUCAAACAAUGAUGGAAAGCUGGAACUUACUGAAAUGGCCAGUUUACUACCAGUGCAGGAAAACUUUCUUCUUCAAUUUAAGAGUGUCAAAAUGUGUGGGAAAGAGUUCAAUAAAGCUUUUAAGCUGUAUGAUCAAGAUGGCAAUGGAUACAUAGAUGAAAAUGAAUUAGAUGCAUUGCUGAAAGAUCUGUGUGAAAAGAACAAAAAGGACUUAGACAUUAACAACCUGGCAACAUACAAGAAAAACAUCAUGGCCUUGUCUGAUGGAGGAAAGCUUUACCGAACAGACCUUGCUCUUAUUCUUUCUGCCGAGCAGGAUUAG